UCUUGUGCGGCAGGAGGGACAGCUUCCUGGUCUGGGGGCCAGAGGGAACUUGGGGGUCGCCUUCGGCCCGGCGUGGCUACGGCCACAGCUCGGGAGGACGGAGGCAGCCCGGCGCCGGGGACGGCGGCCGCGGGGACGGCGCGCUCCUGGACACCGCCAGCCUCAAGAUGAGCGACCUGGACUCGGAGCUCGUGCCCUUGCCACCGCGGUACCGCUUCCGGGACCUGCUGCUGGGCGACCAGUCCUUCCAGAACGACGACAGGGUCCAGGUGGAGUUCUACGUCAACGAGAACACCUUCAAGGAGAGACUUAAGCUGUUCUUCAUCAAAAACCAAAGAUCCAGCCUGAGGAUCCGGCUGCUCAACUUCUCCCUGAAGCUGCUGACCUGCCUGCUCUACAUUGUCCGCGUCCUGCUGGACGACCCGGCCCUGGGGAUCGGAUGCUGGGGCUGCCCGAAGCAGAAUUACACCUUCAACGAGUCGUCCUCCGAGAUCAAUUGGGCCCCCAUCCUGUGGGUGGAGAGGAAGACGGCUCUGUGGGCCACUCAGGUCACCGUGGCCGCUGUCAGCUUCCUGGAGACCACGCUCCUCACUUACCUCAGCUACAAAGGCAACAUCUGGGAGCAGAUCUUCCGCGUGGCCUUCAUCCUGGAGAUGAUCAACACGCUGCCCUUCAUCAUCACGAUAUUCUGGCCGCCGCUGCGGAACCUGUUCAUCCCGGUGUUUCUGAACUGCUGGCUGGCCAAGCACGCCCUGGAGAACAUGAUUAACGACUUCCACCGAGCCAUCCUGCGCACCCAGUCGGCCAUGUUCAACCAGGUCCUCAUCCUCUUCUGCACCCUGCUGUGCCUGGUCUUCACGGGGACCUGCGGCAUCCAGCACCUGGAGCGCGCGGGCGGCAACCUGUCCCUGCUGACGUCCUUCUACUUCUGCAUCGUCACCUUCUCCACCGUGGGCUACGGAGACGUGACGCCCAAGAUCUGGCCGUCCCAGCUGCUGGUGGCCAUCAUGAUCUGCGUGGCCCUCGUGGUGCUCCCGCUGCAGUUUGAGGAGCUCGUCUACCUGUGGAUGGAGCGGCAGAAGUCGGGGGGCAACUACAGCCGCCACCGGGCCCAGACGGAGAAGCACGUGAUCCUGUGUGUCAGUUCCCUCAAGAUCGACCUGCUCAUGGACUUUCUGAAUGAGUUCUACGCCCACCCCCGGCUGCAGGACUACUACGUCGUCAUCCUGUGCCCCACCGAGAUGGACAUCCAGGUGCGCAGGGUCCUGCAGAUCCCCCUCUGGUCCCAGCGGGUCAUCUAUCUCCAGGGCUCCGCGCUCAAGGACCAGGACCUCAUGCGGGCCAAGAUGGACAACGGGGAGGCCUGCUUUAUCCUCAGCAGCCGGAACGAGGUGGACCGCACCGCAGCGGACCACCAGACCAUUCUGCGCGCCUGGGCUGUGAAGGACUUUGCCCCCAACUGCCCUCUCUACGUCCAGAUCCUCAAGCCUGAGAACAAGUUUCACGUCAAGUUUGCAGAGCACGUGGUGUGUGAGGAGGAAUGCAAGUACGCCAUGCUGGCCCUGAGCUGCAUCUGCCCGGCCACGCCCACCCUCAUCACACUGCUGGUGCACACGUCCCGAGGCCAGGAAGGCCAGGACUCACCGGAGCAGUGGCAGCGCAUGUACGGACGCUGCUCGGGCAACGAGGUCUACCACAUCCGCAUGGGGGACAGCAAGUUCUUCCGCGAGUACGAGGGCAAGAGCUUCACCUACGCUGCCUUCCAUGCGCACAAGAAGUACGGCGUGUGUCUCAUCGGCCUGAAGCGGGAGGAGAGUAAGAGUAUCCUGCUGAACCCGGGGCCCCGGCACAUCCUGGCCGCCUCCGACACCUGUUUCUACAUCAACAUCACCAAGGAGGAGAACUCGGCCUUCAUUUUCAAGCAGGAGGAAAAGCAGAAGAAGAAGGGCUUCGUGGGGCAGGGGCUGUACGAGGGGUCGUCCCGCCUGCCUGUGCACAGCAUCAUCGCCUCCAUGGGGACAGUGGCCAUGGACCUCCAGAACACGGAGCGGCAGCCAGCACAGAGCGGCGGAGGCAGUGGGGGCAGCAAGCUGGCACUCCCCACGGAGAACGGCUCGGGCAGCCGGCGGCCCAGCAUCGCGCCCGUGCUGGAGGUGGCCGACGGCUCGACCCUGCUGCCCUGCGACCUGCUGAGUGACCAGUCGGAGGACGAGAUGACGCCGUCGGACGAGGAGGGGCUGUCUGUGGUGGAGUACGUGAAGGGCUACCCCCCCAACUCGCCCUACAUUGGCAGCUCCCCUACCCUGUGCCACCUUCUGCCCGUGAAAGCCCCCUUCUGCUGCCUGCGGCUGGACAAGGGCUGCAAGCACAACAGCUACGAGGAUGCCAAGGCCUACGGCUUCAAGAACAGGCUGAUCAUCGUGUCGGCGGAGACGGCGGGCAACGGGCUGUACAACUUCAUCGUGCCGCUCCGCGCCUACUACCGGCCCCGCAGAGAGCUCAACCCCAUCGUGCUGCUGCUGGACAACAGGCCUGACCACCACUUCCUGGAGGCCAUCUGCUGCUUCCCCAUGGUCUACUACAUGGAGGGCUCCGUGGACAACCUGGACAGCCUGCUGCAGUGCGGCAUCAUCUACGCCGACAACCUGGUGGUGGUGGACAAGGAGAGCACCAUGAGUGCCAAGGAGGACUACAUGGCCGACGCAAAGACCAUCGUCAACGUGCAGACCAUGUUCCGGCUCUUUCCCAGCCUCAGCAUCACCACGGAGCUCACCCACCCGUCCAACAUGCGGUUCAUGCAGUUCCGCGCCAAGGACAGCUACUCUCUGGCUCUUUCCAGGCUGGAGAAGCAGAGCCCCGAACCCUUACCCCCGCCUCUGGCCCCCCGUGUGUCUGGGGGGACGCGUAGCUGGGUGCUCAGCCUGUGCUCAGCCGUCUGCUAUGUGUGUUCACACGCUCGCCCUGCACACGCGCACACACCCCGUGCACGCGGAGGUCCCCGGGCUGCCUGCCCUGCGCGGCCGCGGCCGCGGCCACGGGCACCAGCCAGCCUGAGCCCCUCGUCCUGCAGAGGGAGCGGGGAGAACGGCUCCAACCUGGCCUUCAUGUUCCGCCUGCCCUUCGCCGCCGGCCGCGUCUUCAGCAUCAGCAUGUUGGACACGCUGCUGUAUCAGUCCUUCGUGAAGGACUACAUGAUUCCCAUCACCAGGCUGCUUCUGGGGCUGGACACCACGCCGGGCUCGGGCUACCUCUGUGCUAUGAAGGUCACAGAGGACGACCUGUGGAUCCGCACCUACGGCCGCCUCUUCCAGAAGCUGUGCUCGUCCAGCGCCGAGAUCCCCAUCGGCAUCUACAGGACCGAGAGCCACGUCUUCUCCUCCUCGGAGCCUCACAACCUCAGGGCCCAGUCCCAGGUCUCGGUGAGCAUGGAGCACCACGAGGAAACCCGGGAGGCGCAGGGGCCCUGGGGCUCACGGGCAGGCACGGGUGGCGGCGGGCACACGGUGGGCGGCGGCUCGGCGGAGCGCCCGCUCCUGCGGCGCAAGAGCCUGCCGUGGGCACGGAGGCUGAGCCGCAAGGGCGCCCGGCACACGGGGAAGGCGGCGGCCGAGGAGAUCAGCCAGCAGCGGCUCCGCCUGCACCAGCGGUCCGAGCGGCAGGAGCUCUCCGAGCUGGUCAAGAACCGCAUGAAGCAUCUGGGGCUGCCCACCACUGGCUACGAGGAUGUAGCAAAUUUAACAGCCAGUGAUGUCAUGAAUCGGGUAAACCUGGGAUAUUUGCAAGACGAGAUGAACGACCAGCAGAACACCCUCUCCUAUGUGCUCAUCAACCCUCCACCGGACACGCGGCUGGAGCCCAACGACAUUGUGUAUCUCAUCCGCUCCGACCCCCUGGCCCACGUGGCCAGCAGCUCCCGGAGCCGGAAGAGCAGCUGCAGCAACAAGCUGGCUUCCUGCAACCCCGAGACGCGGGACGAGACGCAGUUCUGAGCGCCGUGUGGAGCCCUCCGGGCUGACCUCGUCCUGCCAGGGUCCGUGGGCCACGUGAAGCAUGAGUGCAGGGCCCCGACCCCCGCCUGCCGCCCAGCCCAGAGCUGCUCCCGGGACUGGACCCGGUGAGGGCCGAGGCUGCCCCGGGCACUACCAGACGCUGGUGGGAAGCUUUUUUAACCUGUUUUUACAAAUCUAUACAAUCCCUGGCCCUUUGCACAAACGCACCGCAACUCGUGACCGGGUCUGGCCGCAGUGCAGGGACAGGAGCCAGGCUGGACCGCAGAGGCCCGGGCCGGGGGCUCGCACCGGAGCAGGAGAGCACACUGCAGCCCCUGAACUUGCCCGUUUCCACGGCCACGGCUGGUAUUGAUUCCUGGGCCUUGCCCACAGCUCUCAGCAAAGCCACGGGGCGGUGGGCCACCCCUGUCUGCCCUGUGGGUCCCCUGUGGUCUCACUUGUGAGGGUCUGGCCCAGAGUCGGGCCGCAAGGGUCUCCGGAACGGUGAGGCAGGCACGCGAAGGGAGCCUUUUCCAGAAGGAAAUGGAAAGCAGGGGGGUCCGCAGCGCGGCCGAGCCCCUGGCAGGGGCGGGGCAGGGCGGCUCCGGAGAGUUGCCAGCAGCCUGGGCUCGGUAGGAGGGCGGCGGGGCUGCCGUGAGACCCCACAGCGGCCCUGGACUUUGGGGACGAGAAUCAGAUGACGGCCUUUUCCUCUGGUUUUACGCUGAACUUUCGCAGCCGCGCCAUCUGACCUCCUUUUACCACCAGACCUGAAGCACAAUUCAGCCGCUGGGCUGCUAGUAGGCCCAGCCUCCGCGAGGGACAUUCCUCCUCCUGAGGGAGGGGCUCGGGGCGCCGCCGCGGUUCCCGUGUGACUCCCUCUGACAGGUUUUGCACGCUCAGUGCUGGAAACUUCUAUUAAACGGAUGCAUCCUA